AUGGGUAUAAGGUUUUUGAAUCUGCAAAUGAUUCCAUGGUGUUUUCAUAAUUUGAUGGGCAAUCCUACAUCAUGCUUGCAACUCCAGUCUGAGCCACCGGCAGGUACAAUCAAGCUUAUAAAAUCAGAUGGGCUAGUGAAGAUCUAUGACAGACCAGUCUAUGUCUCAGAGCUAAUGGUAGAGUUUCCAAAACACCUGGUUUGCCAUUCAGAUUCAUUCUAUAUAGGUCAAAAGAUCCCAGCUCUUUCUGAGAACGACCAGCUUCAAUUAGGCCACAAGUACUUUCUUCUACCCAAAGAUUGCUUCCAAUCUGUACUGUCUUUUGUCACUAUAGCUUCCUUUACCAGCUCCUCACUACAGCCUCAACCAUCAUCUUCAAGAAAUGCGUUUCUAAAAAAGGCUGCUACUUGCCAACCUUUUGAUAUUCAAAAAUCUCCGAAUGGGUGUUUGAGGAUACGUGUAUCGGAUGAUUUUAUAUCACAAUUAAUGGAGGAAGGUAAAGUCAAGGAGAGUGGAGAAGAUGAGAGUUCAGGGAAUUGUAAACCAAAGAGUAGAGUUUGCACUACUCCUCAGUUGGAGAAAGAUUACACGCAGCUUGUCGGGUCACGCCAAUGGAAACCGAAGUUGGAGACAAUAAAGGAGAACGAAAAGAGAAGACUUUCUUCCUCCUUUGGAAUGAAGAGGAGGAAGAAAUCUCAGUCUAAAGUGACACAAAAGAGUACUCAUAGAUCAGUCUCAGAACAACACCUUCACUCAACAUCUACCAGUCAUAACAAGUCUUCUCUAAAGGCCAAGAUCAAGAUUAAACCAAGAAAGUGA